UCGAAAGUAUCGUCCAAACUAGUCGAAAUGUUCAUCGAAAGCUUCCUGCUCCUAUUGGCGCUGAACUUCCUGUCCGCAGGACGAUUAAACCGACCCGAAGAACGCAUAAUCGGUGGUUACCCCGCUGAAAUCGAAGCUUUUCCCUGGAUGGUGUCCUUCCAAAUAAACGGACACCAUGCUUGUGGAGGGUCCAUUUACAGCAAUGAUACCAUCAUAACAGCGGCACAUUGCUUUUUCUAUAAAGGAAGAAGGCUGGAUGACCGACUCUUUGUAAUUCGCGCUGGAUCCACCUCGAGGAAAUCCAGUGGAACUCUUGUCAAAGUGGACUCCGUAAUACUCCAUGAGAAUUUCGUUUUCGAAUUACUUCAAAACGACAUCGCCGUUGUUCGCUUAAGUGAACGACUUGAGUUUACCAACCAAGUGCAGCCCAUUCCUUUGGCCGAGUCCAAUCCUGAACCUGGAACGAUGUCCCUUGUAGCUGGCUGGGGACAAAUCUACGAGACAGAGGAUCUGGUCGUAAGACCCAUAAAUAUUCUAGUAGUAAAGCUCCGCAUCCAACCGCCUAACCACUGUAUUGUAUCCUAUGGUCAAUCAACAAUUUGCGCUGGAAAUUCUAAGCAAAGCACUUGCAGAGGCGACUCUGGAGGAUCAUUGGUAAUUGAUUCGCAACUUGUGGGUGUUGUUUCCGGAGGGGGUUGCGAUUCACCGACAUUGUUGACAAGUGUGCCCUUCUUCCGAGAAUGGAUUUUGAAUACUACUAACUCUUUGCCCUAACAUGUUUAAAUAAAAUAAAUAUUCACUGCAGC